GGGAGAAGGACCUACCCAGACAAAGGAAUAAGAGAGGGGGACUCAGUGCUGUUGACGAUUGUGGCUAGGCGAGUAGCAAUACAAAGCGUUCUUUGCAGCAAACAGGUUCACGUGUUAAUUUCUAUAUCAACAGGUUAUGGGCCCAGCUGUACGCACAGCUAACAGCUACUCUGUCUGAACAAUUAUUUUUUUUUGUGUGUGUCCCCGGCUAACUGUUCCCAAGAAAUUAGAAAUUCUUUUCUGGAGUGAUGGAGAAAGAUGGCCGCCGCCAUGUUGUAUGGUGUCUGAAUGGGAAAAACUACGCGUCUUGGAAAUUUGGAAUGAAGCUGGCGUUACAAAGUGUUGAGCUUUGGGAAGUCGUGAACGGGACUCAACGGCAACCUGCUGAAAGACGCAAUGCUGACCAGGUGAUUGAAAAUGCAGCUGAUAUAACCAACUGGAACAAGAGAAAUACCACGGCAAUGCAGAACAUAUUUGGCGCCAUCAAAGAAGACCAAUCAAGGAUCCUGAUGUCUUGUAGCACAGCCCAAGAGAUGUGGAUGAAAUUGGAGACUGAGUAUGAAGAAGAUGCCGCAGACAAUGCACCUCUAUUGUGGACAAAGUUCUAUGGAUGCACAUUUCGACCAAGCCAAAGUGUAUCAAGCUUCCUGACUGAGUUGGAACAGAUAGCAUUCCGUCUGAAGAGCCUCAACAUAGCUAUUGAUGAUAAUCAAAUAAUGGCAAAGAUACUCAUGUCGCUUCCUCCAGAGUUCCGUGUUUUUGCCUUUGCAUGGGACAGCACGCCUGUUGCAGAGAAAACUCUCAAGAAACUGACUACUCGCCUUAUAGCAUUGGACAAGAGCCUGCGCAACGACGAAGAAGCAAAAUCGACAUCUGAUACUGCCUAUCUCAGUAAGCCGAACAGAGAUGAAUCACAGCACAAAGAGCAAGCACUUCCUGCCCAGUACGGUCAGAACAAAGGAAAAAGCCACCCUUCCAGUCAACAUGCUGGUAUACCGAGAACAUGCUGGGAGUGCAACUCCACUACGCAUGUUAGAGCUCAAUGCCGUCAAUACAAACGCCGGCGUGAGAGAGAAGGAGAAGAAGCGGACAGAAAAAGGAAGCGUUACGAUCGACAUGACAGAAGAGAUGAUAAACUAUGUAAGCUCCCAGGAGCAACUGGCCGAUGCACUCACGAAACCCCUGGCUGCUCCACGCUUCAAGUAUCUCCGUGACAAGAUUGGCGUUCGGGGUGUAGGGGAGGUGUAACUGAAGAGUUAAAGGAGGCUGAUAUUUCUUUUCUUAUUAUUUGUCUUGUGACACUGAACCUAGUAUUUAUGUCUGAUUCAAAUAUGCUGUGUAUUCUGUGCUCAUGUUUAUUUUUGGGGGUCCAGUUUGAGGGGAGGUGUUGAGUAUAAAAGAUAAACAAACUGGACAGUGCGGCAACGCAGGAUAGCCAGGAAAGAAGAGAGGGGGAGAAGGACCUACCCAGACAAAGGAAUAAGAGAGGGGGACUCAGUGCUGUUGACGAUUGUGGCUAGGCGAGUAGCAAUACAAAGCGUUCUUUGCAGCAAACAGGUUCACGUGUUAAUUUCUAUAUCAACAAAAAA